GCUAGAACUGGCUACAAAACAGCUGAACUGGCACCUCUUCGAGCGGCAGGCUGCUUCCUGGAAAUUCCUUCAAUAUUAAAUUUUUGAUUUUAAAGCAUAUUUGCAAGGAAUGAGUUUGGGCGACUGCGUGAAUAACUUUAUAUACCUGACGGGCAGCGAGGAUUACGCGCUUAAUCUGGCAAAGCUAUGCGAACGCUUUGUUUUGAAGGAAAAGCGCGUUUUCCUGAUCACCAGUCGCCAGCGGGAAAUGGCCAAGCGUUUUGCCCUGAAUUCGCAGAGCUGCAGCAAGUACUUGGCCAUUUUGCAGGUGCUGGAUGUUGAGAGCACCCCCAAUCGAAUGUUGGAGCUGCAGGACAAUGCCGAGUCCCUAAGGAGCCCCGAUUUAAUAGUCUUCGACUUGCAGUCCCUGGUCCUGGAGGCCCUGCUGCGCCCCGUGAUGCAGCAGUGCUCCACGUCCCAAAUGGUGCGCCACAUCGCCAAAUGCUCGGCCUCCUUUGUCAACUACCGCGAAAUCCUGGCCAGCUCGGAGCUCCAAAAGGCCGCGAAGCCCAUCGAUACCAUUGUGGUCAUGUCGCAGGAGCCGUACCCCAUGUCACCGGCCCAGUUCAAGCUGCUCAUUGGUCUCUAUUUCCACGGCAACGAGUGUCACACCAACUUUGCCCAGCUCUCGUCCAGGAUUUUGGUGUCCCACGGUUUCGACUAGCCGUGGAUGCAUCAGUUUGCCACCACCAGCGUGCCUUAAAGAGCUCUAAACUAAGUAUUCCAUUUCCCAAGAUCCUCAAUGGGCAACGAUCUUUGUUAUUUACUCUAUUUUGGUUGUAUGCUCUCACGCAUUUUAGUCAAUAAGUUAGUUAACAUCCCUGCCAGACGAAUAUUUGCCGGGCUUCAAAGAUAUUGAAACACUUUCGCAUAAGAAUUGACGAAUAUUUAAGUUAUUUAUGUAAAAACAAGCAGUGGUUGGAACUUUAGUUCCACUGAAAAGACUUUAAAGUUAUCAAAACCAAUUUCCAAAAAAGAUACCAUACGGAAUUGUUGUUAGGCUAAAGAACAAGCAAUUGUAACAUGUUGAGAGAUAUUGUACCCUUAUUAUAUAGAAAUAUAAUACUGCGAUAGUGCGAGUCUUUCGACAGAACUAACGAAAGUUACAUGGCAUCCAUGCAAAAUGUAUACGAAAACCAA